GUAACUGGCAGGGAAAGAGGGCUUUGGCAAUGCCGAGGGAUGUUGGAUAGAAAGGAGUAUGCCAUUAAGCAAAUACACUUCUUAGGGACUGGUCGUGAUGCUGUCUUGAAAGAAGUAGAGAUUCUAUGCUCGAUGCACCAUGAGAAUAUCGUGCGGUAUUUCCAAUCUUGGAUUCGCGAUGGCAUCCAGGAGUUGGCGUUGCCUCGGAGCGUUAGCGAUGCCUUUGGUGUGAGUGAGGAUGACUCUGAGGAGAGCAUUGCCAGUGAGCUAGCAGAUUCCACAUUAUAUAUAGCUAUGGAAUACUGCCCAAUGACAUUGAACUAGCUGAUCAAAGAAGGAGUUGAUUUCAAUGCGGCAUUAAAGUUUUUUAAACAACUCUUGGAGGCCUUGGUUUAUAUACACACUAAGGGUAUAAUUCAUAGGGAUAUAUCAAGAGAUAACAUUUUUGUGGAUCUUAGCGGGAAUUUGAAGCUUGGGGACUUUGGGAUAGGUAUGUGGUAUGAAUUAAUAAGUACGUAUUUGUAUUUGUGAGUUUUCCAUGAGAUGAAACUUGGGUUUGUAUGAUGCAGCAAUGAGACUAGGAGAUGCGGUGUUUUGCACGGGAGGCAAUCAAGAGUACUUGGCUCCCGAGCUCGAUAUGUAGCGUAGUCCCACUUCGGUAUCCACAAAGGCCGACAUAUUUUCAUGAGGCCUGGUAUUCAUAGAGUUGCUGUACCAUAUGGACACUGAAAGCAAGCGAUUCCAAGUGUUUAAGAAUGUCUCAUUGUUGCAUCAUACAAACCCAAGUUUCAUCUCAUGUAAAACUCACAAAUACAAACACGUACUUAUUAAUUCAUACCACAUAACUAUCCCAAAUUCCCAAGCUUCAAAUUCCCGCUCAGAUCCACAAAAAUGUUAUCUCUUGAUAUAUCCCUAUGAAUUAUACCCUUAGUGUGUAUACAAAUCAAGGCCUCCAAGAGUUGUUUAAACAACUUUAAUGCCGCAUUGAAAUCAACUCCUUCUUUGAUCAGCUGGUUCAAUGUCCUUGGCAGUAUUCCAUAGCUAUAUAUAAUGUGGAACUUGCUUGCUCACUGGCAAUGCUCUCUCCUCAGAGUCAUCCUCGCUCACACCAAAGGCAUCGCUAGCGCUCCGAGGCAACGCCAACUCCUGGAUGCCAUCACGAAUCCAAGACUGUGAACAAAACAAAACAAGUUUGAAAAACAUUCAAUUUACAAAAAAAUAUCAUCGAAUGAGCAACAGACAUACUUGGAAAUACCGCACAAUAUUCUCAUGGUGCAUCGUGCAUAGAAUCUCUACUUCUUUCAAGAUAGCAUCACGACCAGCCCCUAAGAAGUGUAUUUGCUUAAUGGCGUACUCCUUUCUAUCCAACAUCCCUCGGCAGUGUUACACUGCCAAAGCCCCCUUUCCCUGCCAGUCACAUAUCUCGUUCUCAUCACAAACACAACCAAGAGCAAGGACAAAAAAAUUCUUUACCAUCACCAAAACUUCGGUAUCCACAAAGGCCGACAUAUUUUCAUGAGGCUUGGUAUUCAUAGAGUUGUUGUACCAUAUGGACACUGAAAGCGAGCGAUUCCAAGUGUUUAAGAAUGCUAGGAAAGGGGACUUUCCUCGAGGCUUGCAGGACCACAUUGGACCCCGGGCAAUUGAGUCCCUAACGUUCUUCCUACACCAAGAUGCAAACGAGCGACCUACUGCAGAAACAGCCUUGGAGUGGCUAUCAGACAACUUCUAAAAUUCUGCAGUGCCAUCCAUAUAACUCUUCUUUAGUUUUCUGUUAAUGUUCUUCUGUGCUCCUAUUCCAUCCAUAUAAUUACCCCUUAGCAUGCAUUAUUGUUCUUCUGUGUUCUUUUAAACAUUCAAGUCUGUGCAGUGUAUAUAUCCUACAUGGUUGCACUGAGAAACAUACACAACUUUGAUAUGUUAUCUGAUGGUAAUAUACAUAUGAACUUGUU